AUAACUCUAGCUAUUUAGACUAGAUCUUUAUACUUAUAGUCUAGGGCUAGGCGGUAUUAGAAUAGAUCUAUUAAAUCUAGAUCUAUAGUAUAGAAUAGAAUAUAUAGAUCUAUGCGUUAAUCAAUGAAUAAGAUCCUGCUGGGAGAUCUAUGAGUGUUGAAUUUCAUGCAUUUAAAAUGGCUGAUAAUAACUAUGAUGUUAUCAUUGUUGGUGCUGGAAUCUCUGGACUAAAAGCUGCCCAUACAAUCAAAAAGAGAGAUCCUAAAUUAAGUGUCAAAGUUUUAGAAGGAAAAGACAGAGUUGGGGGAAGAACACAAACUGUAUCAAUGCUGUCAUCAAAUGGCACUGACCUUUGGGAUUUAGGUGGGCAAUGGGUUGGCAGAAGCCAAACUCAUAUCAUCAAACUUCUGAAGGAGCUAGAGCUCACAACAUAUCCACAAUUCAUUGAAGGGACCAAGUGUCAACAAUUAGGAGAAUCAAGAAUCAGAACGUACAAAUCCAAUAUUCCAAAAUUGUCUCUGUUCUCUUUGCUGGAUCUUCAUUUCAAUAUAUCAAAGGUUGAUAAAUUGGCUAGACAACUCUCUACAGUUGAUCCAUUUUCUCAUCCCCAAGCAACUGAAUGGGACAGUAUGACCUUAGACACUUUCAUGAAUAAAAAUGUUUACACCAGAGCUACCAGAGAAGCCAUUGAAGCUGCUGUGCGAACCAUGUUUGGCUGUGAAGUUAACCAGUUAUCAUUUCUGUACUAUAUUUUUUUCAUCAGUACUGCUGGAGGCAUAGAAAAUUUAAUUGAAGCUACAGAGAACAGAGCUCAGGAAUGGAAGAUAUCUGGAGGAGCACAGCAAAUUUCAGAGAAACUUGCUGACUUUAUUGGCAAAGAAAAUGUCCAGCUGGGAGAUGCUGUAACAAGAAUCCAACAAACAGAUGAUAAGGUUACUGUUGAAACUGCAAGUGGGUGGAGAGGUCAAGCUUCUUACAUCAUUUUGGCAAUGCCUCCAAUGGCUAUUGAACAUAUACAGAUAACUCCAGGAUUGUCAGCAGACUGGGUCGAUUUUACUAAGAGAAUGCCCAUGGGAAACAUGAUUAAAGUCAUCGUAACUUACAAACAGGCAUUUUGGAGAAUCAAGAAGUUGUCUGGAGAGAUAGUGUCCAACGGAGGAGAGACCCAGGUGAAAGGUUGUGUCCGAGGUCCAAUAAGUGUUUCUUACGAUGCUACCUCUCAUAGUGGUUCCCCAGCUCUUGUAGCUUUUAUAGCAGGAGAGCCAGCCAUAGAAUGGGCAAAUCAAUCAGCAGAGGUAAGACAGAAAGCUGUACUAGAUCACUUUGCUUCAUUUUUCGGACCAGAGGCACAUAAAUUUGUGGAUUAUAGAGAGAAAGACUGGAACCAAGAAUCUUUUAGCUGGGGAGCCCCAGUGUCUUAUGUGAGUCCUGGUGGAAUGAAACACUUUUCCAAGAGCAUAAGAUGUCCGCAAGGAAGAAUACAUUUUGCUGGCACUGAAACUGCAACAUCUUUUACUGGAUACAUGAAUGGUGCUGUUCAGGCUGGUGAGAGAGCAGCGCUGGAAAUUUUAUUCAGGCUACAGCCUGGCUCCUUGUUCACCGAAGAUCACAUUGUUUUGAAGGAAACUUCUUUGUGUGAAUUAGGUGAUGGUGAUUCCAGCAGGAAGAACUCAUCCAAAAGAUGCUUGAAAACCAAUAGUAAAAGUCACAUGUGUGUGGUGGUAAAGCUAGGAGUAGGUGUAGGUAUACUGAUAGGCUCAGCAUAUCUGGUAGCCUGGUUUGUUAAGAGAGGAAAAUAGAGGGUCAGUCCAUUAUUGCACUGACUCUGUAUUUUUCAACACACAUUGUAAUACAAAGUGAUUCUAUUAUUUAUUCAGAUUUUUCACAAUAGUAUCAUUUGUUAAUCAAAUUUGGAUUACACAGAGAGUUACAAAUUUAAAUGCAUAUCUGAGUCAAAAGAUUUUUAAGUUAUAUAAGCGUUAUCAAAUAAAUAUUUUACUAUGACCUUAAAAAUAGGCAAUUUCUUUUUUAGCUUGACCUCUUUCAGUCCAUGAUGCCUCAGAUUCAGAAACAUACAAAAACAAUAAUUUACAAGAUGUAACAUUUCUGAUUAUACUAAAAAAUAAUAAAAUAUUUUUGUUAACAAUGCUUACACAUGUAAUAAAAUGCUCUAAAAAGUAAUUAAGACUAAUUUGAUCAACAAAUUUGUUGAGUUUUUUUAUUGAUUCAUGUGUUUUCAUUGCUCAUGAUUUUGUGUGCAAACUAUUAUGACAAUUGGAUGUGAAGGAGUGGUCAAAAAAUUGAUUGCAAAAAUCCUAAUGUACAAGAAAGAUACUUUUCUACUCCUCUACCAGCAGAUGUCAUUCCAUCCUAAAGAGAAUGUUUUGUUUGAAUGAACAAGUUGUACACACACACACACAAUUCUAAUUUUAGAUGUAAAUUUUUUUUCUUUGUAUGCCUAAAAUUCAUUAUGAUUCUAUUUAGAACCUUUUUUUUUGUUCUAACUUGACAUUAAGUAGUCUAAUUGCUAGUCAUGUCUUCCAUAUUGUAUUGAAACUUUUGUUUUGUUUUGCUUGUUUUAAUCAAUCUAUAUGUCUUACAAACUGCUAGCAUUCUAUUGGCUAGUGUAUAUAUAUAUAUAUUUUUUAAACAUUUUAAUGGUUCAUGCAUAACUGGAACUGUAAGCUCUUUAUAUGCAAUUAAUAUCCUUUUUUUUUUUCUAUAAACACAUUAAUGUUCAUCUCUCUGCACUUGACAAGUCUCAGUUAAAAAAAGUGAAUUAGUUGUGGAUGUUGUUACUCCAUUAAACUGACAUGAGUAGUGCUUUUUUUUUCUUCUUAUAUAUAUUCUCUAAGCCUCCAUAGUGCUUCAAAUAUUUAAGUGGUUCAAAGUUCACCAAGAUUUGAACCCAAGAUCCUUCGGUUCAAAAGCCAAGUGCUUUACCAUUCAGCUACAAUACCCCCACUUCAAAUGUUAAAUUAAAUAUAUUUGUUGAUUGUUGUUUUCUAUAUUCUGUGAUAAAUAUUUUGUCAUUUUUUUUAUGUAAUUAUCUACAGCUUGAAGUUUUGCAAAUAAGAUUUUAUAUAAAUAUAAUUAAAAUAGCUUUCUGACUUA